AUGAGCGCGGUCAACUAUUCUACCUACUCUUCCUCGUCGUCGCUGGUAUCGAACAACUCGUCGAAAAAGCAGCACUCAUCGACGGUGACGCUGAUCGGAAGAAAGGUGACCGAAGGUACAUCGCCGCCAUCGAGUGCAACUACUGCUGCGAACCGAGACACCACCCCGACCGAACACGAUGCAUCCAACAUUCCAGUGCAGCGAUCGUCUUCGUUCAACUCUGCCUGCACGGUACCGGUUAGCGUGAGCAAAACGAUGCAGGUAAAAAAUUCCGCUUCCUUCAGCAAUUGCUCGAUUCUGGCAAAAGUGGCCAAAAAGAGCGCGGUCCUGACGAACCCGCUGCUUAAAUUCACCUCCAACUCGGCCACCAACCUGUUGCGACAGCAAACCGUACACGUGUCCUCCAGUUCGGCCAACUCCAUCUCCUACCAAAGCAAUAUCACGGAAACGCUGGCGAAUGCGGGCAGUAAUAACCCUGCACACGGACAGGCGGGCCCGGUGCGCUGCAAGUCUGCUACCGGUGGAAGCCUUUCGUCGUCCACCGGCCAGCUACCCUCACCCUCGAUGACUUCCAUCUCGUCCACCACAUCAACGGUGGAACCGAAUGGACCGACCGGUAGUAGCAUUAGCAGCCCCAUUUCACUUAAUCAAUCGACUAGCACGACCGCCCUAUCGCUGGCUCAAUUCAAAAGUAAUAGUAUUGUAGAUUACUACGUUUAG